AAUAACAGGCUGCAACUUCCGCGAUGUCGAGGCCACCAAGACUGUCGAUGUUUGCACGCUACAGAAGAGGACACUGGAGAUGACUGAAUGGCUCAAGCCCACCGCAGGUCCACAGGGCGCGUUGCCGCUUAUUAAGCGCACAACAAUUCAGGCUCGGGCCGAACCAGACUGGAAUACUUGCAACGAAUCUCCUGGACCGGACGGUAUACUCUGGCCCCAGGCUCGGGAUGAUGGAACCCAACAAGCCACAAGGGCUAUUCUUGAGCGACGCAAGCUGGCCCUGGGCCAUGACUACAUUGAAUUCAGGGCCAACGACCUGGAUUUUACCGCCUUUUAUUAUGUCUACAACAUGGGACCCGUAGCCUUAGCCUAUUUCAAUUCUGCCGAGGUGCCAAGUGUUUUACUUGCUUACUAUCCGUCGAACCCAUAUCUACCUCCAGGCGUUUCUUUCAAGCGCGAUGUGCCCGACGAGUCGAGCUUGAACGAGACUUACAUGUUCGAUGAGCCUACUUUCCAGGAGAGAUCGACCUUCCAGACAUGGAACGAUCCUGUUAGGAAGUUGAAUCGAGAAGAAUCCGACAGUGAACUUGCGCAUUCAGAUGGUGAGGUAACCUUCGAUGCUCCAAGUAUAGACAUCCGCGAUAAUGUAGAAAUCCUCGAUGUCACGCGAAAUGUUACUGAUCCUGUGCAUUUCCUCGGGAAGAGGACGGUGAGAAAUUGGUUCAAUGCGGCAUGGCAUCUAUCAAUGGUAACUUGGCCGCCAACGAUCCCGUUCAACGUCGCCAGAGACGUCCGUGAUCAUGGUAAUGAAGCCCACGACCCCGAUCACGAUCCUGACCGGAAUAAAUACGCAAUAACAGCCGACGACUCUUGGGGCCGAGGUCAAACAGUCUACAUUAUGGAUUCAGGUUGGGAUAGAACCGCGGCUGAAUAUUCUGCUAGGGCUGAUGAACUGCCAUUCAAAACUUAUGGCAAGAUGCCUGAUCAGUCUAACCAGAAGGCUCACGGUACCCGGACGACUGCUUUCGCCGCUGGUGCCGCCCUCGGGAUGGCAAAGAACGCUAGAGUCCGUUUUGCUCAAGUUCCUACUAAGGACCGUAACGACAAAACGCCAAGCGUAAACCAGGGUGAAAUAGUUGAGCGAUUUCUCGAGGCUCUGAUAAACAUUGCGAACGACGCUGCCACCCAACCCAAAAAUACCUGCGUUGUCAAUAUGUCUUGGGGCAUAACUCCAAGAACCCCAGUGAGGGCGUACUGGUCCAUUUUUCUUUACCUGAUGCAGGCAAUGGAGAGCAAGUAUGGCUGUGUUUUCGUCGCGGCUCCUGGCAAUAGCGGCAUGGAGGCAAGGCACUAUCCCGCUCUCUUUUGGGACAGAGUUCCGGGCAUGUUUGUAGCCGGCGCUGUCGAUCUCCAGGGCUUCCCGUUUUCGGGGAAUGCUGGGGAAGAUAUCAUCAACAUAUAUGCGCCAGGAGUCAAAGUGCCUCUCGGCGGUGGCAGCUGGGUUACUGGCACGUCUUAUGCUGCCCCGAUUGUGUCGGGCUUCGUCGCGUAUCUUCGUGGACUCCCCCAGUACACUGGAGGAAGAGACCCGACCAGCAUUCGGGCCAAGAUCCAGGAGUGGGCUCGACCUAUUUCUAUCGACCCAUUGUUACCAGACGCAGAUACCACGUCGGGCUAUAAUAUCCUCUGGAAUGGCCAGCGUUUCGGAACCAAUUGCGUAUCGCUGACGAAGAGGAGCAUUCUCGAGCGUCAGUUCGAGGGCGGGGAUGAGGUAGAUGAGAAUGGAGGUUCGUGUCCUAUACGGGGCAAUCCUAGUAGCCCCGGCAACCCAGGCAACCCAGGCAACCCGAGCAACCCUGGCGGAGAUGGGCCUCAAGGACCGCCAGUAGAGUAUAAAAGCGGAGAGCCUGGCCCGAUCUGCUCGACGAACUGCGGAAAGCUCUGUUCCGGCUUCUACUGUAAUCCAACCCCCAGCGGCACGCCGCCUGACUUCACGCCACCGAGGACGACAACGAAGCCCACGCCCACGCCCGCCCCCACGGCGUGUACAGGCUUUUCGACGCUUCAUACCACGACUAUUUGCAACGGAGACCCGCGGGGCGGUUCCUGCAAGACAUCGACGUUGUGCGAGGAUGCCCUUCCAACCCUGCCUCCACACGAGACGCCCCCACCAUUCCCAUCAAACUGUGUGUCAACCGCGACGUGGACAAGCUGCGCGCUUGGAGUUCCCCCGGGAGUUUCCGCUUGUAUCACCGGCUCGUCGUGCGCAGCGACAUCGAUGACACCUGAUCCCACCCCUACACCAACCCCAUCGACAUGGUCGCCGCCUUAUGGCUUACCCACACCACGCCCCAUCCCCGAUGCGUCCCCGUUCUGCAUCGAGGACAAUUGCGGGCUGUACCCGAGUAUCAUGGAUGCCUGCGACAAAGCGGCUGAGGUAUUCAUCAAGUUCCCCGACGAUUCUUACGGGACUGGUGAGGAUGACUUCGUUGGCUCAUGUGUAGAUGGCCAUGACAAGUCGAAUGGCAAGCCUGUGGGCUGCGCGUUGCAGUUUUUAGUCCGAGAAGGUCACCACACUAUCUGUCAUUUCACCGGGCAAGGCGCGGCGCAGUGGUACAGCAACCUCCGGUCAUCGUGCGAGACUUGCGGGCUCUUGGAAAGUGAGGAUACCGGUUGUACCUUGUUGGCGGAAUUUGUGGAGACGUGCGACGGGGUUUUUGGGAAGCACAAACGCAGCCUUCAGUAAAGUCUUGUGUUCCCGCCUGCAAGAGGCUUGCGCUGCACUGUAGAGAGUAUGGGGAGACUUCAAUCAAU